AUGCAGUGUUGUGGGGCUUUUGAUAUUUCCCAUGGCCAUGCAGAUGGGGAGAUGACAUUGGAGAAGUCGCACGCGCUGAUGCUUGUUUGGUCCCAGUGCCAGAAUGACUUGGAUGGACUCUCCUCUUCACAGUUGUUGCAAAGCGCGCUUGCGGAUUUCAGAGAGCAGUUCUUUCUCAAAAUGCAAGAGGGUUUCCAGAACAAAUGCGUCAGCAUCAAAAACAACAUGAUUUCGGUGAUCAAGGAUGUGAUAGACAAUGCGCCGCCGACAACAUCUGAGAAGUGGGGAGCGUUCAAAACCAACAUCGAAGACUUCCAGCGUCUUGGCACUGCGGACAUGUUCUCUGAGCAGGACAAAUCGGAGAUGAAGGAGUUCGCCCACGCUGCAGAGACCUUUCGCAUCUGUGUUUUCAACAGUAUGACUAUCAUGGAGGGCGAAAAGAAAGGCCCUUGGAAAUUGUCAACGAACCCACAGGAGCCUGCAGCAUCAAUGUUCAAGGCACUGAAAGCCCUCAAGCUGGCGAUCCACGACCCUCAAUUUUCCAAGGACAAGUUGGUUGGCGCAUUUCAGCACCAAGGCCUCGAUGCUGACACUUUUGCAAAUCUCUUCGGCAGUUUGGAAGAUUCACUGGUGGCAUGGACAAAGACCCUUCAAGAAAAGGUCCAGCAGCAAGCAGAGACAAUUGUUGAAGAGAUGGACAAGCUACAGUUGCCCGAGUACAAGGCUGAUGUGGAGAGUGAGGUCAAAAAGGUUCUUGGUUCGAAACGCGUAGAGGAUGCGUCCAAGCUGGUUAGCAAGGUGAAAGCAUUCCUUGAUGCGGUGGAGAAGUGCUGUGGCUGUCUUGCCGGCAUCGAGACUGACACGAAGAAGGUGCAGGAUUCUUUGAUGUCUGGAAGGAAAUUUGUGUAUGUCUUCACUAUCCUCUCAGUACUGGAAAGCCCGGUCUGGAAGAGUGUUUGCAAAGAGACCGUUUCCAAGAAGGAAAGCAGACAGGCCAACAUUGCCGAAGAUUUGCAGUUCGCUCUUACCGGGGUGAAGACGAAUGGUGUCAACUUGCCGGAUGACUUGCUGCAAAGAUGCGCGGAUCAAUUGGCAAAGGCAGGGCAGACGCCCCCAGAGUGA